GCAGGGUGGAAGUGAAGUGGACGGUGGACAGUAAGCAAGCUAGACGGAAAACUCAGACAGCCUUAAUAGCCCUUUGCAGUUCCUACAGGGUUCUACGGAAACCUGAAACACAGCACACGUGUGCCCGUGAAGUAAAGAAGAUGAUUUUUUCUUGUCAUAAAUAGGCUGUCAACUUGUAAACCUAGCUGGUUAGCUGGAUGGCUAGUGAUAAUGAACUGUUAUGCAUUGUCAAACAAUCAGCUAGUGUUACUCCGCCGGCUAAUGCACCUCUAGCCAUCUGACUGUCACUGACGUGACUCCCUACGCUGACGACAUGACAUGUCUGCGUAACUUUUUAUCGGCAAAGCAUUUAUUUUCCUCCAAAAAAUCUCAAUGGAUAGCGAACGCAGCAAUUGUAGGCCCCAACUUGGAGACAAUGGCAAGCUAGCCCAGCUAGCAAGCUGCCGAGGCUGCUAAGCUUGCUAAAAGCGGUCCUGCCUGGUGCGUGUCUGGAGCCCCACUGACAACAUCGAGGUUUCAUCUCCAUCAAAACUAUGUUGUUGGCCACAACAUAAAAGAUUAACAUAAGAGGCACCUGUAACCCACCUGAGGUACCUGCAGCAGGGAUCACAAGGAUAUGUCUGACCAAAUCAUAGCAACAUGUAGCACACAGUUGUUCCAAAACCAUCUCCUAACUGUGACUGACCAAGAUCCUGCAGUCCAGCCUUGACAUCAUGUCUUCACAAUCCAAAUAUGUGAGCAACAGCACAGAAGACACUGAUCUUGUCAUAACAGAGGAUGCACUCAGUAAUGGCACCUGUGGAGUUGAGACUAUGGUGGAGUUGCACUUUGAUGGCGAUAGCAGAGAUGUUACGCUUGAGGGUGACCCUGCACUGAGCAAUGAUGGCAUGUCAGAGUUUUCUAACAGUGAUCUCUCUCUGCCUGAGGUUUGCAUUUCUACCAACAGCAAUAGUUUUGAGGAUGAUAUGAACUAUGAGGUCCAGCAGGCUUAUCGGAUAUUCACUGGCUUCCUCUUGGACAAGCACAAAGGCAUCACCAGCCCAUUCCUUCAUCCUAUUGGUCACCAGGACGCCCAGCAUGGCAUUGAAGGGGUCAGGAGCCGGGGUCAGGCACAGCUCAAGCAGUCAAUGUGUUUGCGGAGGAUGCAAGAGAAGUUUAUCAACCAGGAGUAUGACACCAUUACAGAGUUUGUGGCAGACUUCAGGCUGAUGUUGGAGAACUGUUAUCGAUACCAUGGGGUGGACCACUGGAUCUCCAAACAGGCUCAAAAACUGGAAAUCAUGCUGGAGCAGAAGCUUACGUUGCUAUCCAGAAAUAACAAAUUGAAACGGCCAGGAAGAAGAAAUGAAAAUACUUUUUUGACUCUGCGAGAGAAGACGACCUUGGCAGUGACUUCUAAAGGACGUUUUGGGCUCGAGGAGGAAAGGAGUUCAUCAGGCACUUCAACAAGGAGGAGACUGGCCCCUCGUAGCCUGGCUACCAUCACUGUUGGUGGACACGAGUCUAUCAUGGUGCAGACCUUAAGGCUAGAAGAGCAACAGAGGGUCAAGGAAGAAAAGAGGCAACGUGAGCUUGAGAAGAAAGAAGCAGAGGAAAUGUCAGCCAAAGAGGUGGAUGAGUGGGAGCAGACUUUACUGUCACAGGCGUCCCUCCACACUGUGGACACACUUUGGGAACUCCCUGCUAUCGGGCACUUCCUCUGCCUUGCUCAGACUGCCCUUAACCUCCCAGAGAUUGUAUUUUUUGAGCUUGAGCGCUGUUUAUUGAUGCCUCGCUGCAGCCUCCUCCUGUCCAAAAUCAUGUCUUCCCUGCUGUCCCCAUCCCAGCGAAGGGCAACCCUGCACCGUAGGCCUGCUCUGCCUUACCGCCGCUGGGAAUCAGAGCUCAGGCAGCGGGUCAUGGGCUGGUAUCGAGCUGUAGGUGCUUCCCGUGAUCAGCCAGGGCGGGCUGAGCAACUGGGCCUCUGCCACCAGUUUUUCAGGGCGCUCGGAGAGGUUAGUCCUUUGACAGAGAAACCCUUUCACUUGCUCCCCUUCUACCAGCGAGUAUGGCUUCUGAAGGGUCUGUGUGAUCAUGUGUAUGAGACGCAGAAAGACGUGCAGGAUGCUGUGCUGUCCCAGCCUAUUCAUGAAUGUAGGGAGUCUAUUUUGGGCUACGACAGUAAAGAGAAUGCCUACAUACAUUUCCCACAUUUCUGUGGGGCUGACCUGAGGAUUUACUGCCAGAGCCCCAGCACACCCCCAGCUUUCCCCUUCCCUUCUUUAUGGGUCAAAAGAGUUGAAACAGAGCCAGUGACAGAGGAUGAAGAGUCAGAUGGAAUGAAGGAUGAGGGGGUCAAAAAUGACAAGGCGUGUUACAGAGGAACAACAGACAUGGGGGAGUAUGGUGGUUUUGGAAAUGGAAGAACAAAGCUGCUGGAGAGUUUCAAAGAGGAAAAUGGGGAAGAAGAGGAAGAUAUCAAAAGGUUUAAAAUAUGGUCACCAAAGGGAGAGAGUUCUGAAUCAGUAUCCUCUGAUGGAGACUCUUGUGAAGAUCCUAAACUGGACCUAUACACUAACUCCUUAUCCCGGUCACAUUUAAGUCCUAAUGGUGGAAGUGGUGGGAAAGCUAAUAUAAAGGAAGAGACUGUAGAGGUGGAGCAUCAAUCUAAGAGACUCUUGCAACAGGAGCAGGGCUUCACAUUGGGCUCAGUGCGCACCAUUAAAGCAGAGACAAAAGAGCCCUGUCUGAGUGUGGGUGAGCACAGUUACACUGGCAGGUCACCUGCUCGAUCAGUGAAUGUGGCCUUCACAAACAAACCAGUGGAGCUCAAAGUGGAGGGAGGAAGUCUCGCCCAGGGAAACCAAAGAUCAUUCUGCUUGGACUGUUUUAAAAGCAAAACAAGUAAUCUCCAAUCUGAGGAUCACAACUGCUGCUGUGGAACAUCAAGGCUAGCAACACAGUUGUCAUCUGAAAGUGCUCGAAACUCAAGUGAAGAGAGGGUUAAUGACAAAAUCUGGACAAAAAAAAAAAAGUGGAAGAAAAAGAGAGGGAGGGAACAGCUGCCGAGGGUGAAAGGCGAGCACAAGCAGCUGCGGCGCGUGGACAGGAUGAGGCUGUCCCCAGUUGAGACUGCCAAGUCUGGAGUGCGACGAGUCGCCACAACGAUCAAAAGGAAGGAGAAGAAGAAAAAACAUAAAACAGGAAAAAAGGUUGAUGCUUCAAAAAAGAUAAAAGAUGAACCUUCAGUUGAACCAUCAUUCAAGUUGGUAUGCACAAAUCUUGAGGAGCUGCGAGAGUUGAUCAGUAAGAUUGAAGAUGAGCUUGAUGACCUGGAGAGCACCAAAAAGAGACUGGGUCGGUGGUAUUAUAGGAGAGAAGCUGUGAAAGACCUCCACAGCACUCUAAUCAGACUACUGAAUGAGCUUUCUCCCUGGGAACCCAAACUUGUUAAGGCCUACCAGAGGAAUAGGCUUCGUUUAAAGAAGGAAUUUGAUGAUUUCAAGAACCACCCAGAGUACAAUAACUUUGUGCGUGAAGAAUGUAUCUCAUCAUCAUCAUCAGAUGAAGAUGAAGAGAGGGCUUUUGGGAAGGAGGCAUGUUUGCUCUCAGAUCAAUAUAGACGAUCAGAAGAAGAGGACAUGGAGCAUGUGGUUCCUAGAGGUCUUUGGAGUGGAGCAAGCACCAGGGAGUAUUUGGCUGAUUCUUCUGGAGAAACAACAGUGACAUGUGUACCUCAGAACCACCUGAAACACCCCCUGGACUCCCCAGAGAAAGGAAUCAGUCUGCUACCAAAAGUUCAGAUAAGCAGCAGUAAUAUCUCAUCAACUCCGGCCUCUGGGCUCCCAUUUAGAUCAGAAUUAGCCCCAUUAAACCAAUCAGGGGAUUCAAACUCGGCAUGGGCAGCAAGGCUUUCAGCCCAUGCUUCACUGUCACCCAGCACCCCCAUCCUCCACCCCACCACUGGACUACCUAAGGGCUACACGCCCAUCCCCACCCUGCUGGCUAAGAGUGUGGGAAACAAAGUGACCUUAAUGAAACGGCCUGCUGAUUGCCCAAUGGUAAACAACGUAGACAAACUGAGAAAAGCAUCAUUGGUGUCCCUGCCUACCUCUACAGUGACAACCACAAAACUUAUAAAAGCACAAAGUUCUCCGUCCAGUUCCCAGCAGAAUUCAAAACAAACACAGGCACAAGGAGCCCAGCAGACAGAAGUAGUAAGACACCCAGGGAUGGCCAUAGUGACGGCAGCUCUUCCUAAAUCAUCACAGGCCAAAAUAACACAGAGUGCACCAAAAAAUCCAGUUCAAGUGAUAUACAAGGUACCUGAGAGGCUGGGGCAUCUUGUAAAGAAAGAUGGCAGCAGCCCAGUCAAGAUCUCUGUUCAUCCUGUCAUGGACCAGAACACCGGGGAGAAAAUCAUGCAGCAAGUAGUGAUUCUUCCUUCAAACUUUCUUAUUAAAAACACUGAUAAGGCUUCUUUUGCAGAUCAGCAACAGUGUCAGGGCAUUCAGGUUCCAGCUUCUAAAGCUGCUGGACCAUUAUGUAUGUCAACCAAUGUGUCUGGGUUUACCAUUCCCGAAAGUAGAAUUCCUGUUCAGCAAGUGGCUCCGCUGAAAGAUACCAAGACAGUGAGGACCCCUUUUCCCUCUGUUUCACCUUGUCUGCAACAGGGGGUCCCAAUCACUGCAGGGCUUAAGCUGGCACAAGUCAGUAGUCCUUCUAUUAGCACAACCCAAAUUACCCCGCCAAAGCCCUCAACCAAUAUUACUCCUUCUAGUUCAGGUUCCAGCGAACCAAUCAAACCUGCAGUCCCGAAACAGGAGCUUAAAACUGUGUGCAUCCGUGACUCUCAGUCCAUCUUGGUAACAACUAGAGGAGGCAACACAGGCAUUGUUAAAGUCCAGACAUCCUCAAACAAGAAUGCACUUGGCUCUUUAGCCUCCACUCCAGUCAUCACCAUCUCACCUCAGUUUAAAGCCUUUCUUGUAUCCAAGACUUCACAGACUCCUCUCUCAUCUCCCUCUUAUACUUCCUCUUCCACCAUUCCAGCAGUGACAAGUAUCUCUUUGGGGCAAACUCAGACACAGGUUCCUUCAGUAUUAAAGUCCUCUUCCUCUGUCACGGCCCCCCUGCUUCCUGCAGUAACUGAUAGCCAUCCUGUUCCAGUUUCAAGAACUCAGCCUGCAGGCACCACUGUCGCUACAAUUCAAGGCUCCAACACCUCAAAUGGUUCAACAACUGCAAAGACGAGUCAGCAAGCGCAACUGGCUCCUGCUGGUUCGAAUAUUCAAGCUUCAUUUGUAAAAAACACUGCAGUUCCAUCACUGAGUAGUUCUGUUGUCCCCCAAGGUCUUACUCAAGGGGAGAUCACUAACAAGACUGGUGUGAAGCGGCCUAGUACAGAUGACAGAUCUCAAGUCACUAAAUUCAUCUUAGUUACUCCCUCUUCUUCUGGGGCAUCAAAUGUGGCCUUAUCUCAAGGUUCUCUUUCUUCCGCAAAACCAGUUCCUACAUCAAGAGUCAUGUUCAUCAGUCAACCUUCAGUAACGUCAUCCAUCACCUCCGUGGGAAGCAUUCAGAUGCAUGCAACAACAGCAGGGGCUGGUGGACAGCCUAUGACUACUCCUUUAUCAAGUCAUUCUCUAAAAAUGGGAUUAAGUCCUGGAAAGCCAGUUGGUGGUUUGAGCUCAGAAGUGUCCAAAAUGAAGAACAUCAGUCUGCCGUCAGGGGUUCAAAUACACUUGACAGGGAAGACAACAACCAUUGGACAGACAAUCGGUGCCCUCUCAUGUUCUCCUUCAAAGAGCAAACCAGUGUCGUUCUCAGUUCCAAUAAGUUCCAUUGGAGUGGUCCCCAUCACAAGUUCGAGCACCAUCACUAGCUGUUCUGCCCAGCUUGCCUCUAACACUUCACUGACCGCCAGCUCGAAACUUCAAGGUAUUCCAUCCUCGCCCGUCAUCUCCCAGUCAAGCUCUUCCACAUCCACUUCUGCUGCUGUGACACUGCCUGCAAGGAACGUAAUCAAGAAAAACCUUGGCACGCUUCAAAAUGUACUGUCUAGUAACUCUCCUGCUCAGGUAACCACUACUGUGCAGAGUAGCCCAGCCCAAGCCUCCAAUGUCAUCCAUCAGCCAUCAACACCUACAAGCGGCACUGUUCAGGAACCUAUCCCAUCUUCCUCUGAACUUGCUCUCAAUAAAAGCCAAGCAACCAUCUCGACAACCACUAUCCCAAUCACCACCCCUACUGCAGACCCAAUCCAGCAGAAGAUAGUCAUCAACACCUCUACGCCCCUUGCUGCAGGAACGCAGAUCCUACUCAACAAUGCACGUUUUGUAGUCCCUCCCCAGGGUCUAAAUCCAGGCAGCCACGUUCUCAUCAUCUCCAGCCCUUCACCCCAGCAAGUGCCUACUGCUAUAAGCGCUGCAGUAUCAGUUCCUCCACAAGGGGUGAGCCAUGUUGCUCUGACACCUCAAGCACCUGUUUUACCACAGUCUCCUGCAAGGCUACCUGGUGUCCCAGCUGCAAGUUCUCCUUUUGUAGCAUGCACCCCUAGUGUUGGUCCAUCAUUGCCUUCAAAAACUCCCGGUGUCAUCCCCGUCAGACUUAAAAGUCUGGGAUCAGCGUUGUUGCACAGUAAAACAAAUGUAGUAUCUGCUCUGCCUACAUUACCAGCUGUGCAGGCUGGUAGUUUUGCAUCACCUGCAGUGGGUGCAUCCACUUUGGUUUCAUCCCCAACAAGAUUAGUCAAUAUACCAGCGCUAGUUUCCCCAGUGGUCACCAGUGCUCCUGUUCUUGGCUCUGCACUGGCUACAAUCAGGUUAGCUGCGGCAACACCAGUGCAAGCUGAAUGUUCAUCUACCAAUGCGCCUGCAGUAGCACCCACCUUACCCAAAUUGGCUGCACCUUUAUCUUCCUUCUCUCUUUUGCCCAGCCCAUCAUCUGGUCCCCUGGCAAGCCAGAUCAUAACAGUACCAGCAACCCUCUCGUCAGCUGCUGGCACACCAGCUUUGCAUUCUUCUAUUCCUGCCCAGAAGGUGGUUUCAGUGUCAACCCCAGGCGCAGUUAUGCAGCCCCAACACACGGCAAUUGGAAUUGCAGCACACACCAUUGCUCCGGCACAGCCUUCAGAGCAAACAGGGCUGGGAAACACACCAGUCAAAAAGAUGGUGCCAGCAGGAAUGCAACCAGUGCUUGCCGGCAUUCGAACACAAGUUUUACCAACAGUGGUUGUUCCACCAAUUGUAAGUACAGUGUCUAGGAUGCAGACACUGCCAGUCGCUACAGUUCCACCCAUUGGAAGCACUGUCAACACCUUUGAAACACCACCUGUGGUGACUGCACUUUCAUCAAGCAGCACUGUAAUAAUGAGUCCAACUCAAACAGUCUCUUCGUUGAGGACAAACAACAGCAUUAUACCACCUGUUUUGAACAAUCAAGCACUUGGAAAGCACUCUCUGCAGACCUCACCCCUAAGUAUGCAUACUGGUGCACCAUCCAAGCUACUAAUUAGCCCUGAUGGGGCUGUUCUGAACACAGUUCAGUGCCAGGCUAAUCCAGCAAAGCUGGUGGUUCCCCCCAACAGUUCCACAGGAGCACUACACAUAUGUGAUUCCUCUUUACAGCCUUUGCCAGCAGACAGGAAGUGCACCAAUUAAACGAGAUGGUGCCUGGUGUAUGAGGACUCAAACAAAACUAUCUACUGCUUAGUUUUGGCAGGGCUCAGAACCAUUGCUUGUAGUGAUUCUGGGAGUUUUUGAAGAACUGCCCUCCUACUGUAGUUUGACUUGUAACUUACAUUUAGGAUACAGUAGGUCAUACCUUGGUUAGAUCAACUGAUAAGUAAACUGUAUGCUCAAUCAGAUAUAUUGGUAAUGUAUACUCUGAUCUUCUCAAGUGAAUACUGUUGAGGAUGCUCUCAGAUGAAUGUUAUAGACUCUUGACUUUCCUUUUUUACUUAAUGGCCAGUAAUGACAACUUUAAAGAAUCAUUAGAACAGGAGUAGAAAUGAAAUAAAUUCAGUUCAAGCUUUUAUAAUACUUUUCAAUACCAGUAGAUACUGCUUCAAGAAGUUAAAAAAAACUUGAUACAAUUGUUUGGUUAAACUUGCUCUGCUUUAUCUGUCAGUUUGAACAAUACAGCAGUUCAUAUUCAGAUUCUUUCACAUGAUCCUUUGUUGAACCAGUAACUGUUUGAAAACUUCGUUUUACUUUUUUGAAGUAUAAGUAAAUAGAUAAAUUUGUACUACAUUUUUGAGCCCAUAUAAAAUGUUUUGAAGUCACAUUUAUUUAUUUUUACCAUAUAGAUUUUUCAAAAGUAUUUACUAGGUACAUUUUCAUUGAACAAAUGUGGACAUUACUGCAUGGAAAUAAACGAUGCGACUGUC